CCACGCCCGCCCGCCCGCCCAAUUGACAACACAAGACAACGAAGAUCCAUCCGCUCCUCGGGCGUCCGACCAAUUCUGCCACAGAGAAGGAGAGGAGGAAGGACUAUGUUAGGUUGCUGAGGGGUGAGAGGUGAGAGUUGAAAGGGUCGGCAGCGCAACAGGCAUGCAGAGCAUUAAGUGUGUGGUGGUGGGCGAUGGUGCUGUAGGGAAGACCUGUCUGCUCAUCUCCUACACAACCGGAGCCUUCCCCAAGGAAUAUAUACCCACCGUGUUUGACAAUUAUAGCAGCCAGGUGACAGUAGACGGGCGCUCCAUCAGUCUGAACCUGUGGGACACGGCGGGUCAGGAGGAGUACGACCGCCUGAGGACCCUGUCCUACCCUCAGACCAACAUCUUCAUCAUCUGCUUCUCCAUCUCCAGCCCCGCUUCCUAUGAGAACGUCAAACACAAGUGGCACCCAGAGGUGUCCCACCACUGCCCCGGUGUGCCUGUCCUCCUGGUAGGCACUAAGAGUGACCUGCGUAACGACGAGGAGACCCAGCGCAAGCUGAAGGAGCAGAGCCAAUCUCCUGUCACUCAUCACCAGGGGGCGGGACUGGCCCGUCAGAUCCAAGCCGCCCGCUACCUGGAAUGUUCCGCCCUCAACCAGGAUGGGAUCAAAGAGGUGUUCGCUGAGGCCGUCCGAGCCUUCCUCAGCCCACAGCACACCACCAGCAAGAGGUCCUGUAGGCUACUGUAGAGAGAG